UUCCCGAGGCCAGCGCAGAUGACACCAAUGCCGCCGUAGCCGCAGCGAAAGCCGCAUUCCCGGCGUGGUCGGCCAUGGGGGGUGCCAAGCGGGCUGUCUACAUGAAGAAGCUCGCCGCGCUGCUCAGAGAGAACAAGGACGAGCUGGCGCGCCUCGACGCCAUCGCUAUGGGCAUGCCCGUGUCGACCCAUCACUAUGCCAUGACGGCCGCAACCCACUUUGACCACUACUCGGAGGCCUGGGGCACCAUCCAGGGGCAGGCGAGCGUCAACACGCCUGGGUUCGUGACCAUGACGCUCCGGCAGCCCUACAGCGUGGUGGCCGUGAUCAUCCCGUGGAACGUGCCGUGCCACUUCUUGGCCACCAAGUCAGCGCCAGCCCUAAUUGCGGGCAACACGGUGGUGCUGAAGUCGAGCGAGAAGGCGCCGCUCGCUGUGGCGCGCAUUGCAGAGCUCGUCAAGGAGGCCGGCUUCCCGCCGGGCGUAUUCAACAUCAUCUCGGGACACGGCAUCCCGUCGGGCCAGAUCCUGUCCCGGCACAUGGACGUGCGCGCGCUGAGCUUCACCGGUUCGUGCCGCACCGGCAAGCUGAUCCAGGAGGAGGCAGCCCGCACCAAUCUGAAGAAGGUCAUCCUCGAGCUGGGCGGCAAGUCGCCCGCCAUCGUGUUCGAGGAUGCCGACCUCGACAAGGCGGCCGCCCAGACGCAGUUCAGCAUCCAGAGCAACAGCGGGCAGGUGUGCAUGGCCAACUCGCGCGUCUACGUGCAGAAGAGCAUCGCGCCCCAGUUCAUCGAAGCCUUCAAGACCAAGUUCGCUGCGGCCCGCGCCGGCGACCCGCUGGACAGAAACACCAACCACGGCCCGCAGGCCGACGCGGUGCAGUACCGCAACGUGCUGAGCUACAUCGAGGACGGCAAGAAGCAUGGCACCCUGGCCCUGGGCGGCCACGGCAAGCUCGAGAGCACCAACGGCUUCUUCAUCGAGCCGACCGUGUUCCUCAACACGCCCGAGACGGCGCGCAUCACCAAGGAGGAGGUGUUCGGCCCGGUCGUCGUCAUCAACACGUUCGAGACGGAGGCCGAGGCCAUCGCCAAGGCCAACGACACCGAGUUUGGCCUCUACGCCGCCGUUUUCACCCGCGACGUCAGCCGGGCGAUGCGGGUCGCCAAGGCGUUGGAGAGCGGCUAUGUCGCCAUCAACUGCACCAGCCCCCAGACGGCGCACGACCUGCCGUUUGGAGGAUACAAGAGCAGCGGGCAGGGCCGGGAGGGCAUCCUGUACAGCAUGAGCAAUUUCCUGGAGACGAAGAGCAUUAUUAUCAAGGUGGAGGAGGAGUGAUUAGUUAGCCCCUGAAU